UGUCAGUUGGCUGCGGGUCCUUGCGCAGGAGGCAGCAGAUUGGCAGACACGUAAAAUGAGUGUUUAAAAGCGCGCAGUGUUUAGAAUAUAAUCAUAAUAAUACUCGAUCUAUGCAUUCUCUGUACAAUAUUUCAAUCAAUGUUUCGCUGCAUUUGACAAUGUUUUGAGGUUUGCUGUGAAACGGUCGCGUGCUUCAUUCAAGGCUGGCAAAAGGAUACGUUUUUUUGCCAUUUGUUUUAUGUGCUGUGUGUAUCGUGCCAGGUCAGUUGAGCGUUCAAGGACUUUUUCGUGCAACAACAAUAACAAUAACAACAAGCAAUGUGCUUCAAAUGUGCAAAGAAUUCUAAAGAAAAUGCUUAGCUCUUAAGGAAAGACCAAAAAAUAUAAAAAUAAAUAAACGCAGUCGUCAAGUGUGCGUCGGGACAUGCAUUUCUGGAUUGACAAACGCUCGCAGCAAUGCGGUUUUGGGCGCUCACGUGUCGCCGCCUCCUUGUCGCAUGCGGGCGGCGGACUCAGCUAUGGACAUCCGCCGCGGCGUAGCAAGUCAAGCAGCAACAGCAACAGCGCCAACAACAUGGCUGCUGGCAGCAGCGGCACCAGUGGCAGCCACAACCAAGCGCUGGCCUCGGUGCAUCGGACGCUAGCGCCUUAUGGAGGCGACUGCCAGACGGGCGCAGGCACCAGUCGCCAGUCGUCGCAUUACUCUAGCAGCAAUAAUAAUUCACAUGCCAGCAGUCAGCAGCAUCACCAGCAUCAUCAGCCGCUGUUGCAUCACAGCAGCAACAACAACAACAGCAAUGCUGCCAUGACAACAACAAAUGCCAGCAACAACAACAAUGCCAAUGUAACCGCCUCGUCGGCAGCGGUGCUAACAGGCAGCGGAACUAUUGUUCCGCUGGUCGCACACGGCUCACAUUAUCAUCAGCACAGCACGCGCUAUCAGCCCAGGCCACAGCAACAGUUGCAGCAGCAGCAGCAGCUGCAGCAGCAGCAGCAUCACUAUAGCUACAGCUAUCAUCAUCCGCAAUUUGGCAACAUGGCUGUGCCUGUGCGGCAAUACGAACAGCAACAGCACCAACAACAUCACCAACAACAGCAGCAACAACAUCACCAACAACAUCAGCAACAACUUCAGCAACAUUCGGGCGUCUAUGCGGACGAUGCUUAUAGCGCCUAUCAUCAUCAUAAUCACCACAGCAGCAGCAUCAACAGCUGCAACAGCACCAACAACAGUCGAUAUGCAACACCUCGGCGGCACAACUCCAGCAGCAACAUGCGACACGCAACAGCUGUGGCAACAGCUACUGCAACAGCCUCAGUGUCUGCUACGGCCACGCCUAUACCGCCCACCCAAACACAAGCGACGGCACAAGGCAACCAGCUGCAGCAACAGCAUCAUGCCAUGUUGCAACAUGCCGAUUCCCAGAUGCUGCCGAGUCAUUUGAAGUGCGGGAUGUGCGCCUCGCUGGUGCUGGCGUCGGUUUUUGUGGCGGGCGCAAAGUUCUACUUUGAUCACCAGGGCACCGGACUGGAGGUGCUCAUUUUUUGUGCUUUCUCGGCUACUUUCUUUUUGGCUGCCUGCAUGGUGUCCCUGUGCCGCAUACCCAAGGGAUUGCUACCCAGUCGCAGCGACGGGCGCGCCGUUUGUCACAGUCGGGGCGUGAAUGCUGGCGGUAAUGCCAGCAGCUGCAUGCUGGAGCUGAAUGAUGUCAGGUAUUUGGAUGGGCGACAGGUGGAGGUGAGCGCGGAAACGGCGGCCGCAGCUGCCGCUGGCCCGCCGCCAUAUCAUAUAGCAAUAUUGUUGCCGGAACAGACGCCGACGGUGCUGGGAAAACAGGUGCCACUGGAUGAGUCGCCGCCGCCGUCCUAUGAUAAGAUACUCGUGUAGGUUUGGCUUGGGUUAGCGCUUUGGUUUUAUUUAGGAAUUGAGCAUCAAUUUCAGUUAGGAACCAACUAUAAACCCAAUCCGACAUACAAAAUACUUUUGCUCAAUAUUUUUCUAACGAUAUCAAAAUUUAUAUAAACAUAUACACAGCAAAAAUGACAUUUGCAAAUAGAUAUAUACAUAUAUACACAUACAUAUACAUAUAACUAUAAAUAUAAAGUAAAGUAUAUUUUUAAGCUCCAAUUAAUAUUUUUACACUUUGAACUUUCUAAUCCAAAACACAAGCCCAAAAUCCAGUCUCUCUACUUACUAUGUAUCAUUUUUGUUCUGUGAUAUGCUCAAAAGAAAAUCAUACGAAAUAAACCAAAUAGAGACAAAGCAAAGCGAAAUAAGUAAACCAGUAUAUAGAAAAUAGUUGCCAUUUAGUACUUUAUGAAAAUGUGAACCACAAAACUAAAUACACAUCAAGCAGCCAAACAGUAUUAUUAGUCAGUAGUCAACUUAAGCAACAACUACUCAUAUGCAACGUAAAUAAAUAAUGUCAAGGUGCAAUAUAAUACAAAUAAAUAAAGUACG